CCUUGCACUUUAACACCUCUACCUAUACCCCUUUAGCUUUCACAGCCACAGCCACCACCUAUCCUCUAACUCCUGCAUGUGUUCCACAGAGGACAGCGGAAUGUGUUGAUGGGGACCAGCCAACUCCCAUUCACACACCCCGCAGGAACGUCAUCUCCCCGGCGGGAGUCCAGAAGGCACAGAUCAAGAGACUGGACAAAGAAAUGGAUGCUGUCUACCGCUCGGAGACGGAGAGAAAACUGUCAGGAGAAAUGGUUUCUAUGAGAGAAUACAUAUCCACUAACAAGGUGUCUCUGGCAGUGAUGCAGAAAGAGCUCUACGAGACAGCGAUGGGGCGUGGGCAAAUCUACUCGCUAUAUCCAAGGCCCAGUCAAGAGCAAAUGUUUACCCCAGGACAAGUGGGACCUCUCGCAAUCGCUUCCUCAAAGUUGUGCGACAGACGGUCCUAGCUGCGCCCCAAUCCAUGCCAAAUGCCAUUGAGGAACCUUCAUCAUAAGCGCCCUUAGAACCACACAUCCACCAAGCCCACCAACCUCCUGAGCCAAACCAAAGUGUAUAUGCUCCUUUUCACACAUAUCUUUCGUCAGACUACAUCCCCGGACUUCCAAACCCAUAUAUUUAGAUGGUAGUGAUGGUAUGUUCGUCAGAAAAGAGGAAAGUGUCCCCUGAGGCUGGUCAUGUCUCUUGAUGACCUACUCAGUACUAAGCUGCUGGCUAGAUUUUUCACCUCCAUUCAAUAUAUAAAGGAUCACCACGUAGUGUCCUAGAAUAUAUCCCUAGGUUAUAUCUAUGAACUACACACCUUCACCCAGACUCACCUCACCCUUUCCGAGGCUCGUUCAUCCACCAGGCAUUAGUAGUAUUGUUUAUGAAUCUUUACAUGACUGAAAAGACAUCACAUAGCCAAUUAAUUAAUUAUUAUAAUUAGCAUAACCAAAUAAAAAAAAUUAUUAAAACAAAAUAUGACCCAAAUAUUAAAGAAAUUUAAUAGCAACACAGUAAAAACGACUUCAAAAAUUCGCAAAAUAUAUGUAGAUUUAAAUCAGGAAAACAGGGACAUACAAAUUAGAGAGCUAAAUUAUUUGAAAAAAAUAUGACUGACUUGGGAAUUGUAUGGA